CCGAGCCGAACCGAGCCGAGCCGAGCCGGGCCGGGCCGGGCCAUGACCCCCCCGUGCGCCGGAGCGCUGCGCUGCGCGGUGCUGUGCGCGGUGCUGUGCGCGGGGCUGUGCGCCCACGGACCCAUCGCCACCCGCGCAGAAUGCAGCGAGCUGCCCACCUGCCAGCUGUGCACGGCCGCCCCCCCCGCGCCCAACGGCACCGGCUGUGUCUGGGGGGGCUGCGGGACCCCAGAGACGUGGGGCUGCGUGCGCAGCGAGGCGGCCACGCGGGACAUGUGUGUGCUCUACAACAGCAGCGCCCUGUGCCCAGCAGCGCUGAAAUCCCCCACCAAGGAGCCACCACGGUCCCCUAGCAAGGAGCCGACAGCGCAUCCCCCACGGAGCAGCACCACGGGCGCCCCGCUGACGGGCAGCCCCGAGUUCCAGCCGCCCGGCUUCGACACGGCCAGCUUCGUCGGCGGCGCGGUGCUGGUGCUCAGCGUGCAGGCCGUCCUCUUCUUCAUCCUCAAGUUCAUCAAGUCCAAGGACAGCGCCUACCAAACGCUAGAGGACAACCAGUAGGUGCUGGGUGCUGCCAGAGGAUGAGGAGGGGGCCGCCCCGCUGCCCCACAGCUCCCCGUGGGGGGAAGGGGCUCGUUCCCACCCUCCUGGUUUGCAUGGCGGGGGGGGGUUCUCUGCUGUUUGCUGUUUUUCUGGGAUUUGUCACCCCUCGCGCUGGGGCUGCGCGCUGACCCCAUGCCACGUCCCUGUCCCUUCUGCGGAGGUGUCCCCUGCCCGGCCGCCCCUGUCCCCGUGAGCCCCUCGCUGGGGUGGGGGCUGCAGCCCUAUUAGAGAGCACCCAGCAGCGUGCGUCCCCCCGCUACCCCCCCCGUGCACCGUGUGGGGCUGCCCCUGGGGGUCCCCUCUUUGUUCCGGCUCCAGCAUCCUGGUGCCAUCGCAUCCCGCAGGGUCCCGGCCCCAAGCACUGUCCCCCCCGCUCCCCUAAACCCUGAGCCCCCACUGUCCCCGAUGUCCCCGCCCCCCCCUGCGGGAGCAGAGCCAGGACCUUGCUGUGUGCUUUUGUUGUGCCUCUGUGUUCCUGGGUGGGGGGGACACGUUGGAUAUGGAGGUCUCUGUGUCGUCCCCCCCCCCCCGCCUUCUGUGUGCUGUUUUGGGGAGGGGGCUGCGUGCUGUGUGCCGUGGGGUGAGGUUUGUAGCCCCCGCUGCCCCCAUUAAACUCUGCGAGGUGGUGUC